AUGCCACUAGGAAUUAACGCCCAACCUCACCCGAAAUUUUGCCAUCCUGCCUCUGAAGGAUAUGAAGGCAAUAUAUGUAUAUCAACUGGUGGUAAAGAGGCUGGGCACAUUCUCGGAAUCAUAGUGCCAGAUGGGGCAAGUAAGCUUGCCGAAAAUCUUGACGAAUUAGUGUCAAGGCAACGAGAUCGAAAAUUUAGACGUAGUCUUGACAUACACGAAAACAAAUGGCAUGAGAAGAAAGACGAAGAAACCCUCAAAAAAGUUUCAACUUGGCGCUCCAUUAUCCCUCCAAAAUCCAAACCCAAAAGGCACAUCAAAUUCUCUCUCCCGCCUCAGUCAGAGCGAGAGAUUCAAAUCUCACUUCUCCAAACACAAAGCAAAGCAAGAAACAACCAUUCUUCUGUAGAGAAUAGGUUUGCAGUUAUGGCAGUCACUUCAAGUCCUGUCGGUUUGACAGAAAAUGAAGUUGUAGAGAAGAAGAGUCGGACAAAGUCUCCAGGAGUUCGUGUUGUUGGAGGGAGAAUCUAUGAUUCUCAAAAUUGGAAGACUUGUCAUCAAGUAAUGGAUGAUUCUUUUGAUUGGAUUUUAGAUGAUAAGUGGAACCUUUUUGUGUUUGUCUUUACCUGUUUGGCUGAUGAGAACAUGCAAGAAAACGAAAGAAACCUAAGUUUGAAGCUUCUAUACGGAGAGAAAGCAGAAGAAGUGGCAUUGUUGGAUGACUGGCAGUGUCCCAAGUGUAGGGGCAUUUGCAACUGUAGCUUCUGCAUGAAGAAACGAGGCCACAAGCCCACUGGCAUACUUGCCCACACAGCCAAGGAAAAUGGGUUUUCCUCUGUCUCAGAGUUGCUGCAUGCCAAAGGUCCUGAAAAUUUGAAUCACUACAAGUAUGCAAAAGACAAUGAUGUUUUACCGAAGAAGAGUGCAUCGUCAGAGAAGGAGUCUACAGUCACUUUGCCACCGAAAUCAGGGAAGGAAAAUUCUUUUGAUGGAAACAUUGAUAUGAAUUUGCAUUCUCAGAAUUUGACAACCAUCUCUGCUGAGAAGAAAUCUAAGAAAACAAAAAGGAAACGACUGGAGGAAGGCAGUAAUGGCAACAGGGACGCUGAAACUAGGUUAAAGGAGAGCGGUCAGAAGAAAGCAAAAAAGAAACGGACAAAGGAAGUUGAUAGUGGCAGCAGGAAUGGCGAAGCUAGUUCAAAGGAGAGUGGUUGGGAGAAGCCUGGAAUUACUGAAGUUUCCAAAAACAAAAUGAAGACCAAUGAAAAGGAUAAAUGUGAUGUUGUGAAGGAUAAGAGUGAAGCUGCUUUUGUGGAGAAGAAGAUGUUUAAGACACACCCUCAAGAGGUUUCCAAGAAUGAAGUUUUACUUGGUACAAAGUAUGAUGGUGGAAUAGUUUGUGGUGUUAGAAAUAAUAAAAUUCAAACCAAGAUCGAGAUAGAUGGAGACUCAAGCAAAGUUAACAAGUUUCCUGCAGAAUUUCAAACCAAAUCUAAGACAACCAAAGAGAGGCAUACCACAGAACUUUGGAAGAAAGAAACUGAUGUGGACAUUCAGUUGCCUCAGGGAACCUGCUUAAUGGCUGUAGCAGGCUUUGAGUUACCUCCUGAAGAUGUUGGUAAUGCGUUGCAAUUAUUGGAAUUUUGUGCUAGUUUUGGUAAGGUCCUUGGUCUGAAGAAAGGGCAAGCUGAAGCUAUACUCGGAGAAAUAAUAAAUGGUCACAGAGGGCGUCGGUCGCAAUCCUAUCACCUAGCCCAGAUUCAUGUUCAAUUAGUACAUUUGCUACAAAAGGAUAUAGGAGAAGAGUCUCCAGCCCUAAGUGCAACAAAUGACAACUCAUGGUUUCAAGCUCUUGGGAAAUGUGUCUCGGAAUGCCUUUUCAUAUCAAAUGAAAUUCCCUCUGACUGUUUUGGCUCGGGUAAUGAAGGAUAUGAUAAGUUAAACAGCUCCGAAAAGCUUAGACUCUUGAAUUCUCUAUGUGACGAAGCUCUUAAUACCAAAGAGUUGAGGAGUUGGAUUGAGGAUGAAAACUCUAAAUUUCUUGAAAGACAGAAGCAAGUCAAAGAAAAAGUUCUUGCAGCAAAGGAUAAGGAGAAAGCUUUGAAAAAGAAAAUGACGGACGAGGUGGCCAAAUCCAUCAUUGAGAAACAUGGUGCUCCCACUUCUGUUUCUGAUAAUGAAGAAAUGGUUUCACAAAUAAGAAGUGAAGUCGCGCAAGCUCAUGCAGAAAUGGUGGAGGCCAUGGACAUGGUAAAGAAGAAGAGACUAUCCGAUGCUGUCAGAACAGACCCUGUCCUUCUGGACAUUGAUGGCCGUGCUUUCUGGAAACUAAAUGCCUAUAAUGGUCAGUCGGAUAUUCUGCUUCAAGAUAUGGGUACAUGGAAUUCUGUUGCACGUAGUGAAAAAUGGUUCAUAUAUGCUGAUGGACAAAAAAAGGACUUGGAGAAAUACAUCUCUUCCUCAAGGACAAAAAGGCUUAGGGUUCAAAAAGCUACUGAAACCCCUGCAAUUGAAAUUGAUGAAACAAAGUUGGCUACUGAAACUCCUUCAGUUGAAAUUGAUGAAACAAAGUCGGCAUGA